GAUAGAGAUCAUAGUGAAGUGUUCUCUCUGCCCUAACCCACCCACCCACCCCCCUCUUGCGAACCCCACAAUCUACGAAGAACAGAAAUCUCAACAUUUCCAUUCUAGGUCACCAUUCAAAUUAGCAAGAUGCAUGCUCCAGUUCUUGUUAUGCAGGAUUCUAUGAAACGCGAGCAAGGUGGCAAGGUUCAGCGGGCGAAUAUUCAGGCGGCAAAGGCUGUUGCUGACAUUAUCCGUACCACUUUGGGACCACGAUCCAUGUUAAAAAUGCUCCUUGAUGCUGCUGGAGGAAUUGUAGUAACCAAUGAUGGAAAUGCAAUUCUCCGUGAGCUAGAUCUUGCUCACCCUGCAGCCAAGUCAAUGAUUGAACUAAGCCGCACCCAAGAUGAAGAGGUAGGAGACGGAACAACAUCAGUAAUUGUCCUUGCUGGUGAGAUGCUCCAUGUUGCGGAAGCUUUUAUUGACAAGAAGUAUCAUCCUACAGUAAUAUGUAGAGCUUACGCUAAAGCUCUUGAGGAUGCUGUUGCCGUGCUUGACAAAACUGCAAUCACAGUUGAUGUUGAAGAUCGUGAAACAAUGUUGGGUCUGGUUAAGAGUUGCAUCGGCACAAAAUUUACUAGUCAAUUUGGGGAUUUAAUUUCAGAUUUAGCAAUUGAUGCUACAAGAAUGGUUGGUGUGGAACUUGGCCAAGGGUUACGUGAGGUGGACAUCAAGAAGUACAUCAAGGUUGAGAAGGUGCCUGGUGGGCAGUUGGAAGACUCUGUGGUGCUUAAAGGAGUAAUGAUGAACAAAGAUGUAGUUGCCCCUGGCAAAAUGAAGAGAAAGAUUGUAAACCCUCGCAUCAUUCUACUUGAUUGUCCUCUAGAGUACAAGAAAGGUGAGAACCAAACCAAUGCAGAGCUCCUUAGAGAGGAGGAUUGGACUGUCCUCUUGAAAAUGGAAGAAGAGUACAUUGAGAACAUGUGCGCACAGAUACUUAAAUUCAAGCCGGAUGUGGUUAUUACUGAAAAGGGACUCAGUGAUCUGGCAUGCCAUUAUCUGUGCAAGGCUGGUGUCAGUGCAAUCAGAAGGCUAAGGAAGACAGACAAUAACAGAAUUGCUAAGGCAUGUGGGGCAGUUAUUGUUAAUAGACCUGAUGAGUUGCAAGAAUCUGAUGUUGGUACUGGUGCCGGUCUGUUUGAAGUGAAAAAAAUUGGGGAUGAGUUCUUUACUUUUAUUGUCGAUUGCAAGGAUCCGAAAGCAUGUACUAUACUUUUAAGGGGUGCGAGCAAAGAUCUACUGAAUGAAGUAGAAAGAAAUCUACAGGAUGCCAUGUCUGUCGCUAGAAACAUCAUCAAGUGUCCUAAGCUAGUUCCCGGUGGUGGUGCAACAGAGUUAACUGUAUCUGCCAUGUUAAAGCAGAAAAGUUCAUCCGUUGAAGGCAUAGAAAAGUGGCCGUAUGAAGCUGCUGCAAUUGCUUUUGAAGCUAUACCACGAACUUUGGCUCAGAACUGCGGUGUAAAUGUGAUUCGUACUAUGACCGCUCUUCAAGGAAAGCAUGCAAAUGGCGAGAAUGCAUGGAUAGGCAUUGACGGAAACACUGGUGAGAUUACCGACAUGAAAGAGCGGAAGAUAUGGGAUUCCUAUGCUGUAAAAGCACAGGCUUUUAAAACUGCCAUUGAAGCUGCUUGCCUACUUCUGAGAAUUGAUGACAUUGUGAGUGGAAUAAAGAAGAAGCAAGCCCCUGGAGCAGGACAAGGUCCAUCGAAACCAAAAAUAGACGAAGAAGGUGAUGCAGACAAUGACCAGCUAAUUCCGGAAUGAACAUGAUACUAUGCUGCCCUUGACUGAUUGCUUGAACUUUUUGUGCUUGACAUGUAACUUCUGCUGUUUUUGACUGCUGGCAGUUGUUGGUUGUCAUAUGUUCACGUUGUAUUUGAUAUAGAUUGUGUUUCAGUUUUUGGUUUUAAAUUAAAUUUGAUGUUGCGAGUACAAUGACUAAUCAAUGUAGGGGUAUCAUUAUAGGCCUGUUUUUCAAGGA